CAUGCGUACAUGUUAUGAAAGUGAGAAAUAUUUAAUUUAGCGUCCGGCAACACUUACGUUCCAUAAAACUAAUUUAUAUUUAAUUUAUUAAGGUUGCAAUUUAUCCAAAAGAGAAAUACCACUACUAUAACAUUAUCCAUUAUAUGUGGUCAUGAACUCUCUACGUGUAUAACCACCAUGCACCACCAUAAUCUUUCUCUUUUGGAUAACAUGCCAAUACACAAUCACUCAUUCGAUCUCCAUUCCUCCGUCACCACCCACCACCCAUAACCAUCGUCAACCAUGGCCACCACGGCCGGCACCAAGCUCACCUCAGGCCUCCUCUCUGCCCCCUACAUCCCCCACCACCGCCGGAACCUCCCAACACCACCAACCCACUACCACAACUACCAUCCAAAGCCUAUAACUCUUGCAAUCCGGAGAAAUGAGAUUGUGUGCAAAGCAACAGAGGUGUCGUCGUCCGGUGUGAGUGAAGACCGGCGCAACUGGGUGCCGGUGGUGCCGCUGUCGGCGCUGCCGAAAGGUGAACGGAGAGUGAUUAUUCAGGAUGGUGAGACCAUUCUGUUGUUGUGGUAUAAAGAUGAGGUGUUUGCGAUUGAGAAUCGAUCGCCGGCUGAGGGUGCGUAUAGUGAAGGCUUGAUCAAUGCUAAACUCACACAGGAUGGCUGUAUCGUGUGUCCCUCAACCGAUAGCACAUUUGAGUUGCGAAACGGGUCAAUCAAAGAGUGGUUUCCAAAGAAUCCAGUUCUAAGAGCGCUCACACCCGCUUUGAGGAACUUAUUCGUUUAUCCUGUGAAAAUCGACGGUGAAAAUAUCUACAUUAGUCUUGGAGGAUCCGCACCAUCAGAUGCCUCUGCAGAAAUCGUCUUUAGUGGAAUGUCGAGACCUGGUAUGACCGCUACUAAUGUUAACGUCGAUGAGGUAAGAAUGGUGGUCGAUGAGGUGGGGUCGGGAGGAUUCGGGUUCACAAGAAGCAACGAGUUGAUUAACGGAAAAGCGGCGAUAAUCGGGUUCUUGUUGCUUUUAGAUUUUGAACUCUUGACUGGUAAAGGGCUCCUUAAGGGAACAGGCUUCUUGGACUUUUUAUAUUCUGCUACCAAUACCUUCAACUAGAUGUACAUUCUUUGCUUCAAGUUACUUCUUUGAUGUUACUUUUUUGGGUUUUCUGACAGUUUUACAAGUUUGUGGUUGAUUAAUUUUAAUCAUAUAUAUGUAACCGAUGAUUGUAUAUGUUAUAUAUUUGCCUUUUCUUUUUA